AUGGAGGUUAGUGUUAUGGAUUCUCAUGAUGAUGGGGUGGAUACUUUGAGAAGCAUACACUUGCAUCAACAAUUUAGCAAAUUUUCAAAAUUUUCUAAACAAUCAAAAGAAGCGUAUGAGUUUAUUAUGGUAGAGUUUGAGCGUAUUUGUAAUACUUUGGAAACAAUGGGAUUAAAAUUCUCCAAUGUAAAUGAUGCUCCUAUAGAUUUGCAACAACAAGAUGUAGAUGAUACACAUGAUAAUGUUUCGAAUUUUAUUAUCCAAGACCCCAAUGUGUCACAAACAAAAGGUAGAAAGAGAAAAGAUUCUGACAGUGCCCGUGUACAAGAAAGAUAUAAAAGUGGUGUAGAAUUGUCGAUGGAUAAGACACUGGUUAAAAGAAGGGCAUGCAAAUACUGUGGAGAAUAUGGUCACUAUCAAUCAACUUGCAAAAAUAAAACAACUUGA